AUGGCUCCACUACCAAUCAAGUUUACGGAGCUUCUCCAGUUAACAAGUGUCGGGGUUGAGGCACAAUCGAUAGGUUUUAAUUCGUGUACACUGGAGUCAGAUUCCUACAUCUGCGUACGAGAAAAGAAGAACGAAGCUGCACAACCAGAAGUCGUCAUCGUUGAUCUAAAGCAGAACAAUGCUGUCACUCGAAGACCUAUUAAGGCGGAUAGUGCCAUCAUGCACUGGUCGAAACAGGUCAUCGCAUUAAAGGCACAAUCAAGGACCUUACAGAUAUUUGACUUGGGCGCCAAGGCAAAGCUGAAGUCUGCUACCAUGAACGAAGAUGUUGUCUUCUGGAAAUGGUUCAGUGAGACAAGCUUGGGUUUGGUUACUGAUACAACAGUUUAUCACUGGGAUGUAUUUGACCCAAAUCAGGCUUCCCCGGUAGAGGUCUUCAAGAGAAAUCCAAAUCUUGCUGGAUGCCAAAUUAUCAACUAUCGUGUUAGCGGCGAUGGAAAGUGGAUGGUAGUCGUAGGCAUUACACAACAACAAGGACGAGUGGUAGGAGCGAUGCAACUUUAUUCAAAAGACAGAGGCAUCAGUCAGGCUAUCGAAGGUCACGCGGCAGCAUUCGGUACAUUACGAUUGGAAUCGGCCCCAGCAGAUACAAAGGUAUUCACAUUUUCGGUUCGGACUGCUACUGGCGCAAAGCUACACAUAGUCGAGGUCGACCACCAAGCUUCAAAUCCAACAUUCUCGAAGAAGGCAGUCGAUGUUUACUUCCCUGCUGAAGCCGUAAACGAUUUCCCAGUUGCAAUGCAAGUUUCACAAAAAUACAGCAUUAUUUAUUUGGUUACCAAAUACGGCUUUAUUCACCUUUACGAUCUUGAAACUGGUACAUGUAUUUUCAUGAACCGUAUCUCGAGCGAGACGAUUUUCAUCACAGCUGGCGAUUCGGAAUCCGCAGGACUUGUUGGUGUUAACCGCAGAGGACAGGUAUUGUCGGUAUCUGUUGAUGAAACGACAAUUAUUCCAUACCUCCUCCAAAAUCCUGCAAACUCUGGUUUAGCCGUCAAGCUUGCUUCGAGAGCCGGUCUACCUGGUGCGGACAACCUCUAUGCCAACCAAUUCGAGCAACUUUUGUCUGCAGGGAAUUACUCGGAGGCAUCAAAGAUCGCUGCAAACUCUCCUCGCGGCUUCUUGCGAACCCCACAAACCAUCGAACGUCUUAAGAAUGUACCGGCUGUUCCAGGUCAACUAUCUGUCAUCUUGCAAUACUUUGGUGUAUUACUUGACAAGGGAUCGCUGAAUAAACACGAGACUUUGGAGCUUGUACGACCUGUCUUGGCCCAGAACCGAAAGCAUCUUCUUGAAAAGUGGAUGAAGGAGAACAAGCUUGACUGUUCCGAAGAAUUAGGUGACAUUGUCCGUCAACAAGAUACACAGCUUGCACUUGCUAUCUAUCUCAAGGCAAACGUUCCUCACAAAGUUGUUGCUGCUUUCGCAGAGAGCGGCCAGUUCGAGAAGAUCUUACCUUACGCCCAACAAGCAGGUUAUCAACCAGACUAUGUCCAAUUACUUCGUAACAUCAUCUCCAUCAACCCCGAAAAGGGAGCCGAGUUCGCUACACAGUUGGCAAACACUGAGGGUGGUUCACUUGUCGAUAUUGAGCGUGUUGUAGAUGUAUUCCAGUCUCAAGGAAUGGUUCAACCUGCUACGGGAUUCUUACUUGAUGCAUUGAAGGAAAAUAAGCCAGAGCAAGGACACUUGCAGACUCGUCUUCUUGAAAUGAAUCUCAUGAAUGCUCCUCAAGUUGCCGACGCCAUUCUUGGUAAUGAGAUGUUCUCACACUAUGAUAAGCCUAGAAUCGCACAAUUGUGUGAGCAAGCCGGCCUUUCUCAAAGAGCUUUGGAGCACUAUGAAGACCCUGAAGCCAUCAAACGCGUAAUUGUCAAUAUUGUUGCUUCGCCAACUUUCAGUCAAGAAUGGCUCACUGGUUACUUUGGUCGCUUGUCCCUUGAGCAGUCAUUAGAUUGUCUUGAUGCUAUGCUCAAGGUAAACAUUCGUCAAAACCUUGCGGCUGUUGUUCAAAUCGCUGUCAAAUACUCUGAUUUACUCGGUGCUGUCAGAUUGAUUGAUCUUUUCGAGAAGUACAAGACUGCCGAGGGUCUCUACCAUUAUCUUGGUAGCAUUGUCAACUUGAGCGAAGAUCAAAACGUCGUGUUUAAAUAUAUUGAGAGCGCCGCCAAGAUGCAGCAAUUCAACGAGGUGGAACGCAUUUGCAGAGAUUCCAAUUUCUACAAUCCUGAACGCGUAAAGAACUUCUUAAAGGAAGCCAAAUUGACCGAGCAAUUGCCACUCAUCAUCGUCUGUGAUCGAUUCAACUUUACUCACGAGUUGGUACUCUACCUUUAUCAAAAUCAACAAUUUCAAUCUAUCGAGGUCUAUGUUCAGCGUGUGAACCCAGCCCGAACACCUGCUGUUGUUGGUGGUUUACUUGAUGUUGAUUGUGAUGAGCAAAUUAUCAAGAACCUUUUGAACUCAGUCAAUCAUGCUUCCAUCCCUAUCGAUGAACUUGUUCAUGAGGUUGAAACACGAAACCGUCUUAAGCUUCUAUUGCCAUUCCUUGAGGCAACCCUGGCUGCAGGUAACCAGCAACAAGCUGUAUACAAUGCUUUAGCAAAGAUAUACAUCGACAGUAACAAUAAUCCAGAGCAGUGGCUUGAGAACAACAACCAAUUUGAUACGUUGCUCAUUGGUUCGUAUGCAGCAAAACGCGACCCCGGAAUUGCUAUCAUUUGUUUCAGAAAGGGACAUAACGAUCUCGAGCUUGUUAACAUCACCAAUGAAAAUUCCAUGUACAAAGUUCAAGCUCGCUAUCUCUUGGAGAGAGCUGAUCGAGAGCUUUGGGAGUUUGUUCUCUCGGAAAACAAUAUACAUCGCCGAUCCGUCAUUGAUCAAAUCAUUUCUACAGCUGUUCCCGAAUCAACUGAACCCGAAAAGGUCUCUGUUGCAGUCGCAUCUUUCCUUAGUGCUGAUCUUCCGGGCGAACUAAUUGAGUUGCUCGAAAAGAUUGUCCUCGAGCCUUCGCCCUUCAGUGACAAUGAGAGCUUGCAAAAUCUUCUCAUUCUCACCGCUACUAAAGCUGAUAAGGGUCGAGUCAUGGAUUACAUUCACAAAUUAGACGCAUUUAACCCGGCGGAUGUAGCUUCUAUCUGUAUUGAAGUCGGCUUGUACGAAGAAGCAUUCGAGGUUUACAAGAAGAUCAACGACCACACCAACGCUGCAAAUGUACUCGUUGAGCACAUUGUCAGUAUCGAUCGUGCGAACGACUAUGCUGAGAAAGUGGAGCUUCCCGAAGUAUGGAGUAGGGUCGCCAAGGCUCAAUUGGAUGGUCUACGUGUAAGCGAUGGUAUUGCCUCGUACAUUCGCGCCGAUGAUCCAAGCAAUUAUCUCGAAGUCAUUGAAAUUGCAACUCAUGCUGGAAAGGACGAGGACCUUAUCAAAUACCUUCGUAUGGCCCGUAAGACUCUUCGUGAGCCUGCCAUUGAUACUGCACUUGCUUUUGCAUAUGCUCGUACCGAUCAACUCAGCGAACUUGAGGACUUCCUCAGAGGAACCAAUGUCGCUGAUAUCGAAGAAUCGGGUGACAAGGCAUACGCUGAAGGAUUCCACCAAGCUGCGAAGAUAUUCUUCACUAGUAUUUCAAACUGGGCCAAACUUGCCACCACCCUCGUUCAUCUUGAGGAAUACCAGUCUGCCGUGGAAUGUGCCCGAAAGGCCAACAAUAUCAAGGUCUGGAAGCAAGUCAACGCUGCUUGUGUUGAAAAGAAGGAAUUCCGCCUUGCCCAGAUUUGUGGUCUCAAUUUGAUUGUUGAUGCUGAGGAGUUGCAGAACUUAGUCAAGCAAUAUGAACACAAUGGUUACUUUGACGAACUUAUUGCUCUGCUUGAGCAAGGCUUGGGUCUUGAACGUUCUCACAUGGGAUUAUUUACAGCCCUUGGCGUUGCCCUUUCCAAAUAUCACCCAGACCGCACAAUGGAGCACUUGAAGCUCUUCUGGAGCAGAAUCAAUAUUCCCAAGGUAAUUCGUGCGUGCGAGGAAGCUCACCUUUGGCCCGAGUUGAUUUUCUUGUACUGCCAUUAUGAUGAGUGGGACAAUGCCGCUCUUGCAAUGAUGGAGAGAGCUGCCGACGCAUGGGAGCACCACUCAUUCAAGGAUAUCGUUGUUAAGGUAGCAAAUUUGGAGAUCUACUACCGCGCUCUAAACUUCUAUCUUCAAGAGCAACCAUCUCUCAUUACCGAUCUUCUUCAAGCACUUUCUCCAAGAAUCGACGUCAACCGUGUUGUCAAGAUGUUCGAAAAAUCCGACAACAUCCCUCUCAUCAAACCCUUCCUUCUCAACGUUCAGACCCAGAAUAAGAAGAUUGUCAACAGUGCUAUCCAUGACUUGUUGAUUGAAGAGGAAGAUUACAAGACCCUCCGUGAUUCAGUUCAGAAUUACGAUAACUAUGAUGCCGUCGAGCUUGCUCAACGAUUAGAGCGUCACGAUUUAGUUUUCUUCCGUCAAAUCGCUUCCAACAUUUACCGCAACAACAAGCGCUGGGAGAAAUCCAUUGCUCUUUCAAAACAAGAUAAGCUUUUCAAAGACGCAAUUGAGACUGCUGCUAUUUCUGGCAAGGAAGAUGUGGUUGAGGAGUUGCUUAGAUAUUUCGUUGAUAUCGGCAGCCGUGAAUGUUACGUUGGUAUGCUCUAUGCUUGCUACGAUCUCAUUCCUGUCCAUGUUGUCAUGGAAAUUUCAUGGCGUCAUGGUCUUACCGACUUUACUAUGCCAUUCAUGAUCAACUACUUGGCCCAACAAAGUUCUACUAUUGCUGAGCUGAAGAAGGAUAAUGAAGAGAGGAAGUUGAAAGAGAAGUCACAAGUUCAGGAAGAGGACAAUACUCCAAUUCUCGGAGGUAAUCGUCUAAUGAUCACCGCUGGACCUACCGGACGUGCAUCUCCAGCCCAGUUCGGUCACACUAAUGGAUUUGCACCACAACCAACAGGUUUUGGAGGAUUUUAG